CCCGCCGCCUCUGCGCCUGCGCGGUGUUCGGCCCGGCCGGAGGGCGCCGGCCGGAGUCGACGUCGUGCACUGCGGGGACGCCGGCCUGGGUAGCUCUUCAUCCCUCAGCGCGGCGUCCUGUCGAGUUCCCCCAGCAGGGGUGUGGGGAGACAUACAAGAAUUAAAUUCUGAGUACGUUAGAGGUAAGAUGGAUCGUUAUUUUAAAGCAGCUGUCAGUGACUUGGACAAACUCCUUGAUGACUUUGAACAGAACCCAGAUGAACAAGAUGAUUGCCAAGGUGUUCCGAAUGCAUAUGAUUCUAAGAACUGCUCAGUCCCUUCAGAGGUGACUCCUUCACAGCCACCUUCAGUGCUACCAAAGGACCGGCAAAGUGCUGGCGGUCAUGGCUCCUCAGAAACAUGCUGUGAAGCGAAGGAGAGUUCCCUCGGUGAAAAAGCACUCCAGGGACUGACUUUUGCACAGAAUGAGAAAAAUGUAGCAGGACUGGACCUCCUCUCUUCCGUUGAUGCUGGGGCUUCACAUGGCGUCCCGUCUUCGUACAUGAGAUGUAGUAAACCUGUCUGCGACCUGAUAAGUGACACGGGUAGCUUGGCUCGUGCAGCUAACAGUGAAGAAGAUUUUAAAAAACUACUGCCAGGUGACUUCAAGUCUAGUGGAGAUUCUUUGCCUGGACUGGAUUCCUCUGCAGUUUCAGAUGCUCUCUCUGUCCCAUCAGCAGACAAUGGGAAUGGUCCUGUCGCAGAAGAACAGAAUGAUGUGAGCUCUGACUUACAGAACAAAGAAGGUGGUGGUACCGAAGAAUCGGUUAUAAAGGUAGAAACCACACUUUCAGACUCUUGUAAAUAUGAUGGAACCGAAAAUUUAAAGGAUGAAGAGAUCUUUAGUCAGUUAGACCCAGUUGUUGACUCUAACGUGACCUCUGUUUUGACUGAGCAGAGUUCCAGAAUUUGUGAUACCAAAGAUAAUCUACAAUACAAGAGCCCGCCGGGGGAUUUAUUCAAAGAUGGUGGCUGUUUGGGGAAACAGGAAGUAGAUUUGGUGACGGAGGAAGUAGAUAUAAUGGUUGCACCUGCCACUGAAUGCUUAAAAGGAGGAGGCGGCACAAGUGCUUUGCCUUGCGAAAGUCUUCCAAAAAAUGAAAGUUUGUACCUAAGUGACUCAAACUCAAGAGAUGAAAAUUUCAAAUUACCUGACUUUUCCUGUCAGGAAGAUAGAACUGCUAUGUCUAUAAAACAGUCUGCAAAAGACGACUCCAGAAAUUUAGACCGUAAAGAUAAUGAUGCAAUCCACAAUUCCCCGUCAGCUCUCCAUAUUUCCAGUGAAGCAGCACUCUCCUCGUUGUCCUGUGUUUCAGUACCUGGCUCUUUGUGCAGCUCAGUCAUUGACAGUAAAGCACAUGGUGACUGUUUACCUCAGCAGGAACCCAAGGAUCAUAUACAGCAUACAGGGAUGGUGCAUGAGGAAACGCGGGAGAAUGCUGUUCUAGACAGGGAGCCAGUUGGGCAGGCUGAUCUUAUGAAAGAGGAAAAAUGUAAAAACACACUUCUUCAGCCAGAACAUGAAGAGAGGAGAGAGGGAAAGGUAGAACCUGAGCAGAUGGGAAUCGGAGCUGAGGCUUUGGGUGCCCCCGGUCCCCCCAGUUCCUCCACAACUGCAGGGUCCCAGCUGGAGCUAUUGGGGGCUGAAGCCCCCGGCUGUCAGGCUGGUUGUGCCGGUCUCACUUUCUUAGGCAGUGACAUGGAUGAGCAGGACUUAGACUACUUCAAUAUUGAUGAAAGCAUGAGAAAUGGCACACUCGUUAGUGACGCCGAGCUGGAUGCCUUCUUGACAGAACAGUACCUUCAGACCUCUAACUUAAUGUCUUUUGAAGAAAAUGUAAAUGACUCAAAAUCUCGUAUGAAUCAGAUAGAUAUGAAAGACCUCGGUGAUGGAAAUGUCAGUGAUAUUUAUUGCAAAGUGGAAGCAGGAGCCACUGGGGAAAGUGAUGGUAUUAAUAUGAUUUGUGAAACAGUUGAUAAACAAAGUCCAAUAGACAACAGUGUCCUUUGUGUACAGGAAAGAAGCACAGUUCCCAUUGAACAAGGGUCCCUUACCAGCCCAGCUGAGAUGCCAGAUGAGCUACUGGGCUCUGAUGUUAGCAGCCAGUCUGUGCAUGUUGGAGGGGCUAGACCUAAGCAGUCCAGUAGCCUUGCAUCACGAGCAAGGGUCUCCAAGGACCUGAGGAAGCCAGAUGUUCCGAGUGCGCCAGAAGGUGAAGCCAGCUUAGCAGAUGCCAUUGCACCACCUCCAUGUCCUCCCGACUCUGCGGGUGACGCUCAGGCCAGCUUCAACUCUAACUACAUUGAUAUAGAAAGCAAUUUGGAAGGCAGGUCCAGCUUCCUAACUCCAAAUGAAGAUUCUCUGCCUGAAAAUACUUGCAAAGAAGACAUGGCUUUGGGCCAGAAACAGCCUAAUUGGGUUCCUGAUUCAGAAGCUCCAAACUGUAUGAAUUGCCAGGUCAAAUUUACUUUUACAAAACGGCGACACCACUGCCGAGCAUGUGGGAAAGUAUUUUGUGGUGUCUGUUGUAACAGGAAGAGUAAGCUGCCUUAUCUAGAAAAGGAAGCAAGAGUGUGUGUAAUCUGCUAUGAGACUAUUAACAGAGCUCAGGCCUUUGAAAGGAUGAUGAGCCCCACUGGCUCCAGUCCGCAGGCUCAUCACCCUGGCGACUCUGCUGCCAGCCCGGCCCUGCAGGAGCCCCAGCCGACCAGUGUGCCUUCUCCGACAGCUUUGCCCACCUCAGCUCUGAAACAGCCCAGCGCUGAAGGACUGGGCUCCAGAGAACAGAAGAGAGUGUGGUUUGCAGAUGGCAUCCUGCCUAAUGGUGAAGUUGCAGAUACAACAAAACUGUCAUCUGGAAGUAAAAGAUGCUCUGAAGACUGCAUUCCUCCCUUACUGGCUGUGCCCACGAUGGUAAACACAGUGGACCCUGCCUGUUCUACCACAGUGGAGAAACCAAACAAUAAGCUAGGAGACAGUUCAAGAAACGAGAGCAUUGGGAGUCCUGUUUCCCAUGUCCCGUCUGUGGAAAAACUGCCGACAGACAUGGGAACCGUCACGUUACCUUCUGCUUCUCUUACCCUGGAUGAUGAUGUUUUUGCAGAAAUUGAGGCACCAUCCAGUUCUCUGGGUGUCACAGUUAACAGCAUUUUUCCGGUGACUGGUGUUUCAGAUUACGGGUUACUGUGUUGUGUUGACAAGCAUGUUUGCAGCAAGAUCAGUCUCCUACCUGAUGAUGAGCAUGGUUUGCCCCCACUUCUGGGUGCUUCUGGAGGUCAGGGAUCAGUGCCUGCGGUAGAAGAGCACCCGUCUCCGGAACAGAUCAGUUCACUGCUUCAGAGUGAAGGAUCUCCUCCUGCCACCUUUGUCUUAAACGCAAAUCUGCUUGUGAAUGUCAGAUUAAUACUUUAUUCCUCAGAUAAAUAUUGGUACUUCUCCACCAAUGGAUUGCAUGGCCUGGGACAGGCAGAGAUUAUUAUUCUGUUGUUGUGUUUGCCAAAUGAAGAUACAGUUCCCAGGGACAUCUUCCGACUGUUCCUCACCAUGUACAAGGAUGCGCUCAGAGGAAAAUACAUAGAAGACUUGGAUAGUGUUGCCUUUACUGAGAGUUUUCUCGGUAGCAAGGAUCACGGAGGAGUCCUGUUUAUUACGCCUACUGUUCAGAAACUUGAUGAUCUCCCAUUGCCCAGUAGUCCUUUUCUGUUUGGAAUUCUUAUCCACAAGCUGGAAAUUCCUUGGGCAAAGGUUUUUCCUAUACGUUUAAUGUUGAGAUUAGGUGUGGAAUAUAAAGUAUAUCCUGCUCCACUGACAAGUAUUAGAGGCCGAAAACCUCUUUUUGGAGAAAUAGGACAUACUAUUAUGAACUUACUUGUUGAUCUUCGAAAUUACCAGUAUACCUUGCAUAAUAUAGAUCAGCUGUUGAUUCAUAUGGAAAUGGGGAAAAGCUGUAUAAAAAUACCUCGGAAAAAAUACAGUGAUGUGAUGAAAGUGCUGAACUCCUCCAACGAGCACGUCAUCAGCAUCGGAGCCAGCUUCAGCGCGGACGCGGACUCCCAUCUGGUCUGCGUGCAGCGCGCUGGCACCUACCACACACAGGCCAGCAGCGCGCCGGGCCACGCACGCAGAGUGACAGGUGCUAGUUUUGUGGUGUUCAGUGGAGCUCUGAAGUCAUCUUCGGGAUUUCUUGCCAAGUCCAGCAUAGUUGAAGACGGCUUAAUGGUACAGAUAACGCCAGAGACCAUGGAUGGCUUGAGGCAAGCUCUGCGAGAGCAGAAGGACUUUAAAAUUACCUGUGGAAGAGUGGACGCGAUAGACCUGAGAGAGUACGUGGAUAUCUGCUGGGUAGAUGCUGAAGAAAAAGGAAACAAAGGUGUGAUCAGCUUGGUGGAUGGAAUCUCAUUACAAGGAUUUCCAAGUGAAAAAAUAAAACUGGAAGCCGAUUUUGAAACAGACGAGAAGAUUGUAAAGUGUACUGAGGUGUUCUACUUUCUAAAGGAUCAGGAUUUAUCUGUGUUGUCAACUCAUCAUCAGUUUGCGAAAGAAAUCGCCAUGGCUUGCAGUGCCGCCUUGUGCCCUCACCUGAAGACUCUAAAGAGUAGUGGGGUGAACAGGAUUGGACUCAGAGUCUCCAUUGACACAGACGUGGUUGAAUUUCAGGCAGGCUCUGAAGGCCAACUGCUACCUCAGCAUUACCUGAAUGCCCUGGACAGUGCCCUGAUCCCUGUGAUCCAUGGGGCGGCCUCCAGCUCGAGUUUGCCACUGGAAAUGGAAUUGGUACUUUUCAUCCUGGAGAAUCUAGUGGAGUGAGAGGACGUACCGUGUCAUGGACUGCAGCCUGAUGGGUCAGAACUAUCCCAGCACUGAAGGUGCUGUGCCACAAACACUAAAUGCUUGAUGUUGGAACACUUAAGCUGUGCUCUUGAGGCAGAAAUGGCCUGUUAAAAUCACUAUCGCAAUAUUUAAAUACCUAAAUGUAAAGGAUCCACCAUGUUUGAAGCUUUACAUUACUAUAAGCAGUAAAAAGACAAAGACUUCUACCUUUAAGAAAUUGAGGGCCAGGGAUGUAGCUCAGUGGUUCUGCUGCCUGCCUUGCAAGCACAAGGUCCUAAGUUCAAUACCUGGUACCAAAAAAAAAAAAAAGUUGAUAGCAUUUACUAUAUUUCAAUGUUAAGCCAAAGUAUAUGUACUUAGUUAUACCUCUUUAUGCCGAGAAAGAUUUUAAUGAAGACUCUUUGCACAUGUAACCUUAUGAAGGAAAUACCUGUUUGUGUAAAAGCCAGCGAGAAUACUGGCUUCUGAAGUCUGUUUAAAAUGUAUUUCAGUGGCACAGACCAGUUCCAAUAUCCUAGACCUAUAAUUUUUGAAUAAAGCUAAUAACUUAUUUGUAUAAUUGGAGUGGUGACCUAUUUCCAUGAUUAGAGAAAUUCUGAUUGUUUGGAUUAAAGUCAGAAUUUUGCCUGUUUUCUUCUCAAAUUAUUAUAUAAAUGUAUAGGUUUUUCCUGAUUAAAUGGGUUUUCUUAAACUAAUUAUGGGUGCUUCAGGAUUUUGUGCUUCUAUAUUUAAGUACAUUGUUUUUAUAGCAACAUGUGAUUCAGAAUGUGUUUUAUAAAUCUUUAAUAAUUUAUAAAUACGUAAUAUUUUUGUAUCACAGUGCAUUAUUUUUCCUCUUUUUUUCCAAAGUGUAUCAGUGUAUUUACCACUUAUAGGAAUGAUUGACAGCAGGCCAGUUGACCUUGAAGUAGUCAGUAUGUAGCAAUAAUUGAAGCCUGAAACAGGUUUUUUUACUUCAGUGUUAAUCCUUAGAAAUUUCUUGGGCCGGGGAUUUAGCUCAGUGGUUCUCCCGCCUGCCUCGCAAACGCAAGGACCCAAGUUCGAUCCCCGGUACCAAAAAAAAAAAAAAAUGAGUAUAGAAAUUUCUUGGCCAGUCUGCAUAUUUUCAUUGAUACCCUGUAUGAAUAUAAUUUUUAAUGAACUAAUCACUUUUGCAUAUUUUAAAUUCUUUAUGUGGUGGUUAUUUUUAUAACAGGCUAUUUAACAUAAGUUCCGUGUAUUUGAAACUGUUACAGAGCUUCUUUUUUUACUUCAAAUAGGAAAAAAAUAAAAAGGGAACAUAGCAGCCCUGUCAUUUAAGUUAUAUAAAAUCUAAUCAUUAUUGGUUGCCUUUUUCUAUCACUGUGUGGAAUAUAUAGGGCUUUUUUUGUAUCAGAAACACUGUAUAUCUGAAGAAAAAGAAAGUACACUAAAUAACCUUGUUAUAAGAGCAAUAGUUAUGAAACAUCUCAACUUUUAGAUCACAUCAAGGCUAUAACUCAAGAUCUGCGGGAUCAGGCUAGGAGAGACCACGAAGUUUAAUCCGUCCCAGCAUAUGGUCUGUGCUGAGUCACACCUCUAGUCCUACCCAAAGACACAGUUCGGAAGAGACGAUCAGUCUGCUGGAAGUUGCUCCUGCAUAAACAAUGUAAAAUGUUACAGAUACUAAGUAAAAUGACAAUAUAUAACUUGUGAAAUUUAUUGAAAUGCUCUGAGAUAAAGACAAUUGCAUAUCAAA